AUGAGUUCGUUUUUGAUGAACCCGUCUUCAGCUACUGUGGCAACAUCUUUACCAUCAUCGGCAGUAGUGCCGCAUCCGACAUCGGCAACAUCUUCGUCAUCAUCAUCACCCUCGUCCUCAUCACCGUAUCAUCACCAGCAUCACGCCACGGCAGCCGCUGUUGUAGUAGAUCCAAAAUUCCCCCCAAGUGAAGAAUAUAGUCAGAGUAACUACAUACCAACUGCAGCUGGUGAUUUCUUCAGCACCGGACACCAUCACCACCACCAUCUUACCCACCAUCACCAUCACCACCAUCAAUAUGGUUAUCAUCAUCAACAUCAGGCAACAGGUACGCCUUACGGUGCUACAACCGCGACAACAGUUCAACUUAAUGGAGGUACUGGAGCAGCUGGAGGCUAUGGUGGCUAUGGGAAUUAUUAUCACCAUCAGAUACCUCCUCCACCACAUCCUCAUCACAACACCAUUCAUCCACAUCACCACCCAGCAGCAGCGGUUGCGCUGCCUCCAGAAGCACAGCCACCUCCCUCGAUCCAGCAACCUCCACAGUGCGGAAUCCAACACCAGCAGCAAGCAGCGGCGACAAUUCUUCCAGGACUCAGUGCGAAUAGUGUUCCCCAGGCAACGAAUGUUCUUGCCAACAAUGGAGACCUAAGUCCGUCGUCUGUGGUAGCCGUAUCACACCAAGACAGUGAAUCAUCACCGCCUACUGCAGUUCAUCAUCAGGUGAUACAGCAAAACCAACAGCAGCAGCUGCCGUUGCAGGAGUUGGUUCAGCAGCAACACAGGCUGGACGAUGAGGAUGACCAAGAUGAUCUUGAUGAUGAGCAGCUGGAACUGGAUCAGGAUGACAGCUCAGAGUCCGGGGAUCGCAUCAUCUACCCAUGGAUGAAGAAGAUUCAUGUCGCUGGAGUAGCGAAUGGUUCGUUCCAACCGGGCAUGGAACCAAAACGUCAGAGAACGGCUUACACCAGGCAUCAGAUACUAGAGCUGGAGAAAGAAUUCCACUACAACCGCUACCUGACCAGACGGCGGAGAAUAGAGAUCGCUCACACUCUGGUUCUAUCAGAACGGCAGAUCAAGAUCUGGUUCCAGAACAGACGCAUGAAGUGGAAGAAGGACAAUAAACUGCCCAACACUAAGAACGUCCGUAGGAAGACAAACCCAGCUGGAGUUACAACAGCGAAUAAAAACACCUCCGGCACCACGAAAAGCAACCCAACAACGAGAUCGAAAAACAAUGGCGACAGUAGAAGACGAGCAAAUAGUAACAAUACAAACAAUCCGAAUCCUAUUGUUGUUACGAACACUGUUGCUACUGACAUAACCAACCAUCAGCAACAUCACCAUUCGCAUCACCACCAACAGCACCAUCUAGGAACGGCAUCGAAUAAUAACGUGACUGAUCAGCAACAUUCACAUGGUAUAGUUACUACAAUGCAGUCAACAAUGCAUCUUAGUUCACCGAGUUUGGUUUUAAGUCAGUUGACUCCAUUAACACCGGCUCAAACCUGUGGUCCGGCGCUUCCACCAACAACAAUUAAAUCUGAUUAUGGAUUAACUGCGUUAUAAAUGACGCAUUUCGAAUUAUUUACGUUGUAUUAUUUGAAUCAAUAUGUGAAUCAAGUUAGAAAUGCAAAAUGUUGAUUUCAAGCGGAAAAUUGUUACCAAAACGUAACUGUGGAAGUGCGAAUACAGUUAAGUGCCAAAAAUAUGUAAAAAAAAAAUCAACGCUAAGUGACUAUAUUAUAAUUGUGAAGGUAAAAUUUUUUUCUUGCUUAAGCAUCAAACCAAUGAAUACAUAUGAAGAACCGGAGGUAAAAAUCCAUGUAUCUUCGGCUCUGCGCUAGGUGGAGGUGAGUGUCCAGAAUCAUGCUCCGGCCCUUCUGCCUCCGAUAUCCAUUACCUAGAAGGGAGCAUGUAUAACUUAGUCCGUAUAGUGGUUAGCUACGGAACGGGCGACCCAGGAAUCGUGGUUCUAUUCCCAACAGGUGGAAUUUCUUUUCUUCACAGCUCCCAGAUCGAACAUGAGGCCCAUCCGUUCUCAGAAGUGUAGGUGAGUUCCUUCACCGAAAAUAAAGUGGCUAGACCGUGUAGCUGGCUACUUCCUUCUACUGCCGUAGAGAUUUGAAAAUAUAUGAAGGCAUACUUUCAUUUUCCCAUAUAUUUUCAUGGCAUGAUGCUCAAUUAAGAAAACGGAAAUUCUGCCUUUAAUUUUACCCAUUGGAUAGAAUGCUGGUUAGGCCUCGGAGCCUGUCUAGACAUAGUUGAUAAGAAAAAAAAUCCUCUCUCCGUCACGAAUGAAAUUCUGACUGUUACCUCUGUUAAGAUUAAUCACAGUGUCACUUUCGGUAGUAUAAUUGUUCACUCCAUACUUCUUACUUUGCUGUCUACUGACAGUAUAUCAUUCAUCAUCGUCUGUAAGCCGUAAGUGCCAAAACCUGACAACGUUUUGAGUUUCUUUAAAUAUUAUGGCCGAAAAAUUAAAAUGCACAAGUCGGCAUCUUGCUCCUUUUAGAAUUUAUUUUUAAUUGUAUCGGGGUUAAAACAACAUACUUCCACAUACACAUAUUUUGUUUCCCGAUAGAUUCUGUGGAAUAUGAAAAAUAAAUACGAACUUCGUGGAAUAUCAACUUGAGGUCGUAAUAGAUGUUGCUUCGUUAUAAACGCAAGUAACAACACAAAAAUGAAACAAAAAUUCUAUAAAAUUAAUUUGCGAAUUAUAACUGCAACAUCAAAAAUUUCUAAAAUAUAAAAUGAUUAAUUUUCUGGCCAUUAUCCACCGUCCUUAUUAUUUAAAUAAACGUUUCGGGGAAAUGACUAUCGCCGUCCCUAAGUAAAAUACCUCUUCUUUUGCGUUCGGUCUCUAAAGACAGUCCCUCUUUCCGGAAGAUGGAGAGAGAAUGUAGUCUCCGAAACGUCUUCAAGUGUAAAUUCGGACAAUGGGUAGUGUCUAGAAAAUCAAUCAUUCUGUUAAUACACCGUCAUGAUUAACUUUUACAUCUUAUUUUAAAACAUUCAUUUUACUGGUCUCUUCAUAUAACACGUACUGUUUUAUUGCUCGUGCCAAAAUUAAUCUCGUUCUUCAAUAAAUAUAUUCAAAUGUUAAUUAGUUGUUAUUUAUGUAGACUGAAUUAUGUAUUAAUAUUUAAAUAUAUUAAUAUAUGCUAAGAAUUUUAAAAAAUAACUGAAAUUAAAAUCGUAAUUUAUUAAAAUAUUUUAAGACGCUCAAAAUACCGGUACUUAGCUGUUUCGAAUUUCCACAAUUUACUAUCGCUUUCUGUAUAAUAGCCCGAACUAUAUCAUGAUGAACCACGCAUUUUGUUUUCAUUUAUCUAUAUCAGGAAACAGGAAUUUCUUUGUUUAUGUUAAAAUACAGGAUAUUAUGUCGAGACUGUUAUAUAAGAUACCACUGUACAUACUUUGGUACGAGACAGGCAAACUACCGUCAUUAAAGGCUGCUGAUUUACUCAGCUGUAUUAUACUUUAUGCUACAUUAACAGGAUUAGUACUGUUACCAGUUGAUAAGGAGAAAGCUAUAGUAAACCUACUUUGGAAUUUAUGUUUUGAUAAUUACUUUUAUUGCCAUUACAACAGAGAAUUUAAAAUAUUUUUAAAAGAAAAACGAAAUUAUCUGACAAUAUAAAAAGUCUCUAUACAUCAAAUAUGAUAAAAACGAUUUUUCGUUAUUUUCAAAAUUGCUUAUAAGCUAUCUGAAUUCGAAAUCAGUAAUAUAGAUUUAAAAACGAUCAAAAUUAUAUCUACUUAAACAAGGAAGUGAACUAAAAUGUCACACUGCAAAAUCUUUUAAAAGCUGGAGCUUCUGUGUGUGAAACUGAAUUAAGAAAGCUGAAGCAAUACUCGUAUGUACGAAGCAUUCAUAAGUUCCUGUUAAAAUACAAUUGCAUGACGAUAAAUAUAUACUUAAAAUUUUCACUUUGCAUAAAGCGAUAAAUGCUUACACACAUAUAGAUAUACAUACAAGCAAAUCUUUCUCAUAUAUUCACAUGCAUAAGUUCAUAUGCAUAGAAAAUACGUACAUAUAUGCACACAUUCCUGUUAAAUUAAUAUACACAUGUAUUCAAAAAAUUAUGUUGUGUUAUGUUACGCUGCUGUCUUUAACUGGACCGCGUACCCUCGAACGGAAAGAAGAAAUUUUGCCUCUAGAGGCUAAGAAAUACCUCAAUUGCGAAUUUAGACUUUUCCGCUAUGGCUAUGUUACACAUAUAUGAGGUCGUCCGAUAUCGAUAAGAAAUAAGCCUAAUUAUACAGUAAGGAUAGCGCAUUUCCAUCAUAUUGAAACUUUGGAGUGUGAUUAGUUCCCAUGGAAAUUUAAUAGAUUCUUUAUGUAUUUCAUAGAGACCUGUAUAUACACGUAGAUAGGCUUGGGGGUUCGAAUUCCUCCCAUUAGUAUCUAGUGCGGACACCGACUGAAACAAUUUGGCCGUUAAAAUAAAAUUUUGUUUGCGAAGGAACCGACUACCGCAAGAGCUAAACUUAUUUAAUGACCUAAGUGUUAUAGCACAGUUUUAAAUCCAUUGAACCCUGAAAUUAUCGCUUUUCCCCGAUUUUAUAGCAAGUGUCACGUAACUUCGAACAAGGCCAAGACUAACCUUGAAUGCGCAGAAGAAGAAUUUCAGA